AAAUGGAAGGGGUAUUUUUUUAUGACAUUUGAGCAUAAUCUUCCUUUUGCUGUAGCCAGAAAUACUUUAUGCAGCCUACAACAAGCAUAUUAAUUAUAUUUCAUAGUCUUCAUACAGUAGCAAAAUGGCCAAGGUAGAACUCACACCGCUGAGACCCUGGGACGAUUUCUUCCCAGGUUCUGACCGAUUUGCUAAACCAGACGUGAGAGACUUACCUAAAUGGAACAACAGGGUUGUCAACAACUUGCUUUACUAUCAGACGAACUAUUUGGCGAUGGCUGUCAUGGUUUUCCUUAUUGUGGGGUUCCUGAACCCUAUGGAGAUGUUCAUGGGCAUGGCGGUGGUGUCGUUGGUCUUCCUGGGCUCAGUGUGGGCUGGAGAGAAUAAGGCCAUGAUCAAGGACUUUAAGAGGCAGAACCCCACAUUAUUUGUCAUGGCAGUGAUGCUUGCCAGCUACUUCCUCAUGUCUCUCUUCGAUGGCGUCAUGGUCUUCAUAUUUGGGAUCACGUUUCCUCUUCUCUUGAUCUUUGCACAUGCCUCAUUUCGCCUUCGCAACAUGAAGAAUAAACUGGAGAAUAAAAUGGAGGGGGCGGGGCUAAAGAAGUCACCAAUAGGUAUUCUACUGGAUGCACUGGGCCAGCAGGAAGAGAGUCUGCAAAAGAUCCAAGAAUUCCUGGAAGGAAAACUAAAGGAAGGAUGAGAACUCCACACAGACACAGUCCCUGUGUUGUCGUAGGUCCCCUAUCAGCCUCCUUGGCCUCUGACCGGAUGGGAAAAUAUUCCUUUGCACACCCCCUUUUAACGUGCAGUCUCAUUGCAUGCAGUCAAUGUUGAAUAGGAAUGAUUGUAAUACAUCUCAGCUUGUUUGAAAACUUCAGCUAGAAACCGUAUUGCCUAUUGCACAUGCAAGUGUAUGUGUGUUUAGACUAGAGAACAUAAUUGCACAUGCAAGUGUAUGUGUGUUUAGACUAGAGAACAUAAUUGCACAUGCAAGUGUAUGUGUGUUUAGACUAGAGAGCAUAAUUGCACAUGCAAGUGUAUGUGUGUUUAGACUAGAGAGCAUGUGUUGAAAACACGCGUUAGUUUAAACUCAGGAUAUUUAUUACUCCACCCAAAACUUGUCAGGGCACUUUUUUUUUUUAAAGUAGUGAUGUCUGCAUCUCAAUAGUUCACACGUGAGUCUUCCCCAUUGAAUGGAUUUGUGUGUGUAGUUGGGCAAGUGUUUCCAAACCCUAUAUGCAAUAUUUAUACAACUUAUUUAUAUUUUGUGACUUUUGUAAAUAUAAGGAGUGAAAAUAUUGUGGCGCUAAAAGCAAAACUGUGACCGGACUGAUUGAGGUCACUUGGAUUGAAAAAUAAACAGAACUAUGUUUAUUGUUCCAUAGAUGAAUUCACAAUUUAUCUCGCAAAUUAAGCAGUAGGGAAUUAGCUUUUAAAGUGCUGUGCAUUCUCCCUUUUAUUGAUGCAAACAUUGCAAUGUGAAAAUGCUGAUUUGUGGAGAGUAGAACUUUACUACCUGUACUUUGCUACUAAGCUUUACUACCUUUCUUAUUGGUCUCAGUCCUCAGAAGAUCUGGAGGUGUUUAAUCUAUGCUUAAUUAUUUUCAAUUAAGAGGAACAACUGACCAGCUUGGCUAUGAAGGAGAAAUUGUGAAAUCACUGUAAAUUAUUAGUUGUGAAUUUUUGUUUUCAACAAGUGUUAAAUAAAUACAGUACCAGUCAAGUUUGGACACA